AUGGCAACAAUAAGUGGGUCGGAGACAUUUUUACCACUUGCUUUGAUGGAUAAAUGUAUUGGUAGUAAAAUAUGGAUAAUGAUGAAAGGUGACAAGGAAAUAAUUGGGAAGCUAGUUGGCUUCGAUGAAUAUGUCAAUAUGGUAUUAGAAGAUGUUACUGAAUACACAUAUACAAAUAAUGUUAAGAAGGUAAACAAGAUUAAAAAAAUAUUAUUAAAUGGGUUGAAUAUAACAAUUAUGGUUCCUGGAGGUACCCCUGUCAAUUAUUAUGACUAUGAAGAAAAAUUAGAAGAAAACAUUGUUUAA